AUGGGCAGGAUUGUCUUCUACGAGGACAAGAACUUCAAGGGACGUCGCUAUGAGUGCGACAGCGACUGCUCGGACUUCCAUGCCUACCUGAGCCGCUGCAACUCCAUCCGGGUGGAGAGUGGGGCCUGGGUGGUGUACGAACGGCCCAACUACAUGGGCUACCAGUACGUCCUGACCAGUGGGGAGUACCCAGAGUACCAGCGCUGGAUGGGCCUCAACGACCGCCUCAGCUCCAGCAAGAUGGUCCACUUCACCAGCGGGACCCAGUACAAAAUGCAGCUGUAUGAGAAGGAAGACUUCGGGGGCCAGGCCUUCGAGGCCACAGAGGACUGUCCCGCUCUCCUGGAGAAGUUCCGCUGGAGGGAGGUCAACUCCUGCAAGAUCUUCGAGGGCUGGUGGGUCUUCUACGAGCACCCCAACUACCGCGGGCGCCAGUACUUCCUGGAGAAGGGGGAAUACCGCAAGCCUGGCGACUGGGGUGCCGUCAGUGCUACUGUCCAGUCCUUCAGGCGCUUCACCGAAUGA